AUGGUUCAACGAGCAAUGGUGCGGAUUGGCCUGCCGCCUCCGGCCUUGUUUGAAUAUCCUGAUCUCUCUGCGCCGCCCACGAUCCAGUUCCCAGUGUCAGCUCUUCGCCUCGGGAAAUAUCAGCUUCCACAGUCAUUCUUUACAGUCUCUACAAAUCUACUGUUUGCUGCUACGACAUGCGUUCUCUACCUCACGGUUGUGGCUUAUUUCAACCGAUACAAUGCUCUUAAGAAGAAGCCAUGGGCUAUCAGUCGCACCAGGGUCUUCCAACAUGCGGUGAUAACCCAUAAUCUGAUCUUGACAGCUUUCUCAGCCUGGGCAUUCUCCGCAGCGCUGAACUCACUGGUGUCUUCAUGGCCUGCCAGACAAGACGAAUUGUACCUGACCCGCGCAGCGGACCUUAUAUGUCUUGGGGGCGAAUUUGCAGGUCACCAAGAGGUUGCGUCGAGGGUGAUGUUCAUCGGUUGGUUAUUCUACCUGUCCAAGUUCUACGAGAUAUGCGACACGGCGAUCAUUGUUUUGAAGGGCCGCCAGGUCUCGGCUUUACAUAUGUAUCACCAUGCCGGUGUUAUUUUCUGCGGGUGUGCGGUGAUACGCUUCAGUUGUACCCCCGUGAUAAUCGCGCUUGUGUUCAACUCUGCUGUUCACACCGUAAUGUAUACAUACUAUAGCAUGACUGCAUUACGCAUUCCCGUCCUCCUUGCGACCAAAGCUGCCUUGACGUCGCUACAAAUCGCACAAUUCUUCGUCGGAAUGUUGCUGGGAUGCGUGUUCGUCCUGCUUGAAUAUGAUGUCCCCUUUUCGGGCCCGCGGUUCGAGCGGGAUGAGCAACAGCAGUAUCCUCCUUACAAUGUGACACCGCAGGUAUCCGGAGGACAGCGGACGCAAGAUCUAAAGACCGUGCGAUGCGUGAAGGACAGUCGUCAGGCCUAUGUUGUCGGGGUCGGAAUGGGGUUCGUUCUGUACCUCAUGUGUAUGUUUUCGAGGUUCUAUGUGCAGUCAUACCUUCAGCACUGGCGGCCUUUCAACUUGAAGAAGGGAGUCUCCUGACACCUCUAGUAGGCAUAGGGGAAUUACUUACUCGCUCGACGUUUUUGGCAAAGUCUGCUCUUUUUGUCGUUGUUUUGAUGCUACCUUAGUCAUACUCUCAGGUCCGGUCUGCAGC